CCGGCAUCCCACUGAAAGCUGGCUGCUCAUUGUGUAACAUAAGGACUUUUUUUCCCUGUACAUUCAUAAUUGUGACUCAGUAAUAUUCCAUUUCGAAUCUCACGAUGUCUAGUGUCGCGUUAGUCUGAUGAUGAGAUGCAGCAGCCUCAAAGAUGGGUUUUGAAGCUAACGGGCCACAUAAGGUUCCGGUCCAUGGCUGCCAGCACCCUGGACUUUGUGCCAGCCAGUUUGCCCAUCUCCUCACUGGCACUGGAGCAGCUUCAGAACUUUGUGUCUCGCUCCAGAAGGCUGUUUGCGAUCACUGGAGCUGGGCUCUCCACUGAGUCGGGCAUCCCCGAUUACCGCUCGGAGGGCGUGGGCUUGUACUCCCGUACAGACAGGCGGCCAAUGCAGCACUCCGAGUUCCUAAGUAACGCCAAGGCCCGCCAGCGCUAUUGGGCACGGAACUACGUGGGCUGGCCACUGUUUUCCUCCCACCAGCCCAAUGCUGCUCACGUGGCGCUGCGCAGCUGGGAAACUGCGGGGAAGCUGCACUGGCUGGUGACGCAGAACGUGGAUGCGCUGCACUCCAAGGCAGGGAGUCAGCAACUGACCGAGCUGCAUGGCUGCACACACAGGGUGGUGUGUCUUGGCUGUGGCUCCGUGUCCCCCCGGCAGGCCCUGCAGGUGCGCUUUGCGGCUCUCAAUCCAGGUUGGGCAGCUGAUGCAGGGGGUGUAGCGCCCGAUGGUGACGUCUUCCUCACCGACGAGCAGGUUCAGCACUUCCAGGUCCCAUCCUGCGAAGUCUGCGGAGGCAUACUGAAGCCCCAGGUCACAUUUUUUGGCGACACGGUUGAUCGGGACACCGUACGCUUCGUUCACCAGAAGCUGGCGGAGUCGGACGGCGUGCUGGUUGCGGGUUCGUCACUUCAGGUGUUCUCUGGAUACCGGUUCCUACUGGCUGCCAGCGAGAGGAAGGUCCCCGUGGCCAUCCUGAACAUCGGUCCCACCAGGGCGGACCACCUGGCCUCGGUACGAGUGAGCGCUCGCUGUGGAGAAGUUCUGCCUGCCAUCCUGACGCUAUGACUCCCUCACGAGGCCAUCUAGUUACAGUGAGGCAUUCAGAGGCUGCGGAGACUUUUUUCCUCUCUACACCAAGUGAUAAGACAAGGCACCAAAACCUACAGGCCUGUCUAAACUGUGCCACAACUGUGCAUCUGUUGUGGCUGUUUUUGGCGGUAAAGGGAAAUCAAUCAUGUUGCAAGAAAUCUCAGGAUUAAAUUACACAGGGGUCGUGUGUGUGUGUGUGUGUGUGUG